AUGAAUGAGGUGGAUAGGCGCGAGCAAACUAUGGCCAUGGUCAAUAAAUACAAGGCUACUUACCAGAUGUACAUGGAUCGCUUAACUCCCCAUGUAAAGUACAGAUGGGGUGCGCUAGGAAUUGGAUUGAUUGUAUUCUUUCUUCGAGUUGCUUAUGGAGAGGGCUGGUACGUGGUUUGUUACGGGCUAGCAAUCUACUUGCUGAACCAGUUUUUGAGCUUUUUGACACCGAAAUUCGAUGUUUCACUACAACAGGAUGAAGAAAACAAUGAGCUGGAAUCCGGAGAGAGAGCAGACGAAUUUAGGCCAUUCAUAAGAAGACUGCCAGAAUUCAAGUUUUGGUAUAACUCCGCUAGAGCACUAGUUUUGUGCUCGAUUCUCACACUUUUCCGUAUCUUUGACAUUCCAGUCUUCUGGCCUAUUCUCGUGAUGUACUUUAUCCUGUUAUUCGCUUUGACCAUGAGAAGGCAGAUUCAGCACAUGGUUAAGUACAAGUACGUUCCACUCGAUAUCGGGAAGAAGAGAUAUACCCCCCGAGACUAA